AUGGGCGAUGUAUCCAUUCGCCACAUUCAAUUCGAGUGGAUGGUCAAACCACCUGAGACUAUCAAGGUCAACCACACACUGACUAUAGUCGGUCGAGUUCCCGCACUAGUCGAUAUCCAAGUCAUCGAAGCCAUCUUACUCGGAGACUCCGGCGAGCACGGCGAGCGCUUCGAGGGCCAAGCCGCCUGGACAAGUCCCGGAUUCAACGACGACGGGAUGCAAUGCACGUACGUAUGGUUUUUCAUACGGCUCGUGAAGCGAGGCAGGAACAAGAUCAAGUUCAGGAUCAGUUGGAAAAAGAGCAGAGAAUUGUUUGGCACAGUCGAGACUUUCGAGGUCAGGGUUGGCGAUAGCUAUGAUUCGCCAUUUUAUACCUUGGCAGAACAGGAUUUGUUAGAGGUGCUUUUCAAUGGGGAGCUCGACUUCCAAUCUUAG